ACAGGCUGUUUCCUUUGGUCAUGUUUCUGUUGUAAUUCGAGUGACCAUUUCUCAUCAUGAUGUUGGACUCCGUGAUUGAGAAGGGAGCGCCACUUUGUCCUGUCAUCACUACUAAUAGUCACUACUUGAAUCAAUAGUAUCUUUAAUUUGCGUUUUACCUUUCAUGUGCAUCCUUCUUUUUAGGGUUCAGCAGCCUCUAUAUUCGUGUAGCUCAGUUAACAUAAUAGGUUAAUAGGUGGGUGUUUUAUUAGUGUAAUAAAAACAAGGAGUUUCAUUAUGCUCAGCUUCCUUUUGUUUUUUGACAGGUUGCAGAAAUGGCAGAAGAUGGCAGUGAUGAAACCAUGUUUAUUUGGUGUGAGGACUGUGGUCAGUAUCAUGAUUCAGAAUGUCCCGAGUUGGGCCCAGUGGUGACAGUCAAAGACUCUUUUGUGUUGAGCAGGGCAAGGUCAUCUCUGCCUUCCAACCUGGAGAUAAGACAACUCGAAGAUGGGACUGAAGGUGUAUUUGCACUGACUCAGUUGGUCAAACGUACCCAGUUUGGCCCAUUUGAAUCUAAGCGAAUUGCCAAACUGGAAAAGGAGUCAGCCUUUCCAUUGAAGGUUUUCCAGAAGGAUGGGCCUCUGGUUUAUUUUGAUACCUCUAAUGAAGAUGACUGCAAUUGGAUGAUGAUGGUGCGGCCAGCCACUGAAUAUGAACACCAGAACUUGACUGCCUUCCAGCAUGACAGUGAUAUUUAUUUCACUACGUCCCGGGAUAUCCCACCGGGGACAGAGUUGCGAGUGUGGUAUGCAGCUUUCUAUGCCAAAAAAAUGGAAAAGCCAGUGCUAAAGCAGGUUACUGCUAUUGCCAAUGAUAUGUGUUUAGUUGUGAUGGAAUAUGACAAAGAAGGGAACAGACUCACUUCAAAGUCUCCCAGUGCUGUUUUCUCACAUAAAAAGCCCAAGAAGUCCAGUGUGCCUGAAGCUGAUAUUUCAGCAAGUACUCCAGAGGGCAGUGGGCCUCCUGAACUGGAGUCUAACCAGUGGAUGUGUAAAGUGUGUUCCUCCACUUUCCAGGAACCUCAGCUGCUGACAGAGCAUCUGUUGAGUCACUUGGAGGAAGCCAAAGGAGUCCCCCAGACUAGCCAAAAUGAAGGAGUUCCAGAAAAGGCUAUAGAGGCUCCUGCUGCAGAUCAGCCUGUAAUCAGUGAAGGGGCCAGCCCCAACUUAGAUGCGAGGAGGAAGCCACGAAGGGGAAGAAAGUCCAAAACAGCAAAAACAGAAACACCUCUUGUUGUUGUUGAAGACAAAGACCCUGCAAAUGAGACAGUGGAUCGUGUGGCUGAAAUUAUAACAGAGAUCCCACCCGAUGAGGUAGCUAUUCCCUCUGCAGCUGAAGAAAGGAUUAUGGAACUGGUUUUAGGAAAGAUGCCAAGCACCACAAACAAUAUUAGUUCAGUAACAAAUAGGUUUACUCAUCACCAAAACACCAUGUCCCUCAAAAGAAGUUUAAUUCUCUCCAGUAGACAUGGAAUACGGCGCAAGCUGAUGAAGCAACUUGGGGAUCACAAGCGAGUCUACCAGUGCAGCAUCUGCAGUAAGGUCUUUCAGAACAGCAGCAACCUCAGCAGACACAUCCGCUCUCACGGUGACAAACUAUUUAAAUGUGAAGAAUGUGCCAAGCUAUUCAGCCGUAAAGAGAGCCUGAAGCAGCAUGUUUCAUACAAACACAGCAGGAAUGAAGUUGACAGUGAGUACAGAUUCAAGUGUGCUACGUGUGAAAAGGCCUUUCGGAUAGAGAGUGCAUUGGAAUUCCACAAUUGCAGAACAGAUGACAAGACGUUCCAGUGUGAGAUGUGUUUCAGAUUCUUCUCGACAAACAGUAACCUCUCAAAACACAAGAAAAAGCAUGGAGAUAAGAAAUUUUCAUGUGAAAUCUGCAAUAAAAUGUUCUACAGGAAAGAUGUCAUGUUGGAUCAUCAGCGGAGACACUUGGAAGGGGUGAGGCGCGUGAAAAGAGAAGAUUUUGAGCACAGCACAGAGAACCUGGUCCGCUACAAGAAGGAACCAUCAGGAUGCCCUGUGUGUGGAAAGGUCUUUUCAUGUAGGAGCAAUAUGAACAAACACCUUCUGACACAUGGAGACAAGAAGUAUACCUGUGAAAUCUGUGGACGUAAAUUUUUCAGGGUGGAUGUGCUUAGAGACCAUAUUCAUGUUCAUUUUAAGGACAUCGCACUAAUGGAUGACCACCAGAGGGAAGAGUUCAUUGGUAAAAUUGGAAUCUCUUCAGAGGAAAAUGACGACAACUCUGAUGAAAGUGCAGAUUCUGAGCCUCACAAGUAUAGCUGCAAAAGGUGCCAGUUAACCUUUGGCAGAGGGAAGGAGUACCUGAAACACAUAAUGGAUGUUCACAAAGAGAAAGGCUAUGGCUGUAGUAUCUGUAAUCGACGAUUUGCUUUGAAGGCAACUUACCACGCUCACAUGGUCAUUCAUCGAGAGAACCUGCCUGAUCCCAAUGUGCAAAAAUAUAUCCAUCCGUGUGAAAUUUGUGGAAGGAUAUUUAAUAGCAUAGGGAAUUUGGAACGACAUAAGCUUAUUCACACAGGUGUAAAAAGCCAUGCCUGUGAGCAGUGUGGUAAAUCAUUUGCCAGAAAGGACAUGUUAAAAGAGCAUAUGAGAGUCCAUGAUAACAUCCGAGAAUACUUGUGUGCAGAAUGUGGUAAAGGAAUGAAGACAAAACAUGCUCUACGUCAUCACAUGAAGCUCCACAAGGGGAUUAAAGAAUACGAAUGCAAGGAAUGCCAUCGGAAAUUUGCACAGAAAGUCAAUAUGCUGAAGCACUACAAAAGGCACACAGGGAUCAAAGAUUUCAUGUGUGAGCUUUGUGGGAAAACGUUUAGUGAAAGAAACACAAUGGAGACUCAUAAACUGAUUCAUACAGUAGGGAAACAGUGGACAUGCUCAGUCUGCGAUAAGAAAUAUGUCACUGAUUACAUGCUUCAGAAACACAUCCAACUAACUCAUGAUAAGGUGGAAGCUCAGAGUUGUCAGCUUUGUGGGACAAAGGUUUCUACUAGAGCUUCAAUGAGCCGGCACAUGAGGCGCAAACACCCAGAGGUCCUUUCAGUUCGAAUUGAUGAUUUAGAGCAGCUCCCAGAAACUACCACUAUUGAUGCCUCCUCUAUUGGAAUUGUUCAGCCAGAGCUAGCCCUGGAACAGGGAGAGUUACCAGAAGGUAAGCAGCUUAUGAAAGCUCCUAAACGUGGCCAGAAGCGAAAGCAAAAAGCAGGCGAAGAGGAGGAAACACAAGUGCCUGAGGACCCUGCCUUCAGUGAAUACACAGAAAAAGAAGCAGAAUUCACAGGGAAUGUUGGAGAUGAAACCAACUCAGCUGUACAAAGCAUUCAGCAGGUGGUGGUGACCCUUGGCGACCCAAACGUCACAGCCCCUUCCAGCUCUGUUGGGUUGACAAAUAUCACUGUCACUCCCAUUACCACAGCAGCUGGAACCCAAUUUACGAACCUUCAGCCAGUGGCUGUUGGCCACCUGACUGCACCUGAACGACAGUUACAGCUUGACAAUUCAAUUCUUACUGUGACAUUUGAUACUGUCAGUGGUUCUGCCAUGCUUCACAAUCGCCAAAACGAUAUUCAGAUCCAGCCACAGACAGAGGCAGCCAAUCCUCAGUCUGUGGCCCAUUUUAUAAACCUGACCACCUUGGUGAACUCCAUUGCUCCUCUAGGGAACCAGAUAACAGAGCAGCAUCCCUUGACAUGGAGGGCAGUACCUCAGUCUGAUGUCCUGCAGCCCCAGUCACAGCAAACACAACAGCAGUCAGGACAACAGCAAGUUCAAACAGAGCAGCAGCAACAGAUGUACAGCUACUAAUUUAUACUUGGAAAAUGCUCUGAAAUGAAUAGGACUGGGAGAGUGAGCAAAAUCUAUGGGGAACUUUUAACAGAAUUGUUCUGUGGAGACCAAAUAGAAGUGGGGAAAUGUUUAUACAAUGAAAUGUAAACUAAGAUUGGCAGAGCACCCUUGCAGCAAUUGAGUCCUGAGAUCCCUGCACAUUCUCUAAACAUUGCAGCGAGUCUUGCCCUAAAUUCUGCACUCCAUUGUGAUGGUAUGUUUAAUGUAGUAAUGCUUCUGGAUUCAGCAGGAGCAUCACAAUAGACCUGACACAAAAAUGUGGAGAAAUCACAAAUGGUUAAUGUGACUCUAAAGCUUACAACACCCCUUCAGCCAUAAAACAUACAUUUCUUUCCAGUCUGGAGGGUAUGGAGAUGAUAUUGACAGUGUGCUGGGAUUCACUGGUAGUCACCUUGUAGAGACUGUAAUGUUAAGACAUGAAUGAGCAAAGUGAUAAUUGUCUUGUUUUAUUCUUCUUUAAAUCAUGUAUCUACCAGAGCAUUUGAUAAAGUAGGUGGGGUUUGGGGCUGGGUGGGGGGAAGGUAUGAUGUGGAAGAAAAUGUACCUUAAUUUCACAAACUGUUUCCAUUCUGGUGAUGGAAAAUCCUUGGCCUUUAACAACAGUGUCAGUGUUACUUGAAUCAAA